UUGCGCUUUAUAUAGAACGGUUAUCCAGAAUUCGCCAAAAUGUUUAUCAAAACGAUUGCCUUAUUGCUGUUGUUCUGCACAGCGACGAAUGCUGAUGGCACAGUUUGUGCUCUGGAGAAGUCUUGCGGCAAUGUGAACGAAAGCAGCGCCAUCUGUCGUCUGGACGAGCAAACUAUGUGUAUACGCAAAUACGCAUCGAAAUGUCAUAUGGAUAUAGCAGCCUGUCGCCAAGGAACGAACUUCACCGACUACAGUGACGUUUACUGCCAGAUGGAGACAUAUCUGUGUGAGGAGACGCCGACUUAUGAGCGCUGGACCAUAUUCUUCGGGCAGGUUAAAGAUUGAAACGUGUUGUAUGCAAAACAAAGAGACGAUAACUUUCAGUAUUAUUUGAAAUAUAUAUAAUUAAUAGUGUCUGCUAAAGCUCCGAUCAGUGGGCAAUGACAGACAAAACUUU